UGAAUAAUUUUCUGUUGAGCCUCAACAUAAAAUUUGAACAACGAUAGCUAAAAACCUUAAAUGGCACUCAUAUACAUUUAAUUUAAUUAUUUUUACUCUGGGUUGUUGAAGCUAUCUUCUGUUCUGCCUCCAGCCCAUAUGAUCAGUCUGAUCUUGACCCAAAUUUACGUUUUGAAACGCCUACCAACACUUGUUGCUUUCUCCAUUUCACUCACCAUCAUUUCACCUAAAUAGAGCAUUGCCGAAAAAUAUGAAAAACCGAAAUCUUCGCUGCAUCGUUAGCAAUUGUUAUGAGAGUGGACAGCAGGAUAGUAGAUCCAUGUUCAAGUUUCCCAUAAAUCCAGUUAUCAGGCAAAAGUGGAUGGAAAACAUCGGCCGUUUGAAAGACCUUAACUUGUUCAAUAGUCGGGUGUGUAGGCGUCACUUUGAAGCACAGUGUUUUGGCAAGACAAAAGUGUUUUCCUGGGCACUUCCUACGCUUUAUUUGGGUGAAAAAGAGGUACUGCACCAGAUCAGUAAACCGAGGAAAAAACCCCUUACCCGCAAAUGUAGCGUCAGAAAUUGCCCCUCACAAUCUCCUCCAGAAAGAUUGCACUUCUUUCCCACGGAUCCUGAGCUGCGAAAGAAGUGGAUGGAUAUAUGCCGCCUUAAGAUGGACAAUAAGUGGCUUUUCAUCUGCGGCAGGCACUUCCGUCGCAGUUUUCUACCCAACAGCUAUGGAAACCUCAGAAGAGACGCGGUUCCAGAACUUUAUUUGGGUUUAGAAGGUGAAGAUCCCCUGGGAAAGGGACUUAAAAGUGAGAGGUUGCAUUCCAAGCGGACGAAAGUGUGUUCCAAGAGCGAUGAUUCGGGCAUCGACGAGGAGAGCUGCAAGGAGAGUAUUCCACAUGAAUCCUGCUCUAAUUGCCUGAAUCUUAAGCAGCAGCUAUCAGCGGCCCUCCAGAGAAUUGAGCAGCUUGAGGAAAGGCCACAUACCAAUACGGACAGCGACGAGGAGGAAGAGUACAUUUUCAUGCUAAUGAAAUAG